AUGAAUUGGUCGGAUCUACGUCUAUUCCUAUCAUUUACCUGGACGGUUCCAAAUUUGUCCCCCAUUAGAUCCUACCGCCAUACCAAGACCGACGCAUCUCGAUUCAGGGUUGGGCCACCUCCAGGGAAUCCCACUCUCCCUCCUAGCCAUGCUGGCUUAAUUCCGAUACCAGGAGCGGAGGAAGGGAAUGCUCUGUUCUUUUGGCUUUUUGAAGCUGAAAACCGUGAAAAUGAUGGUAACUUCAUCGGUAAGCCUCUCGCCCUACGAAAGCUACUGCGUUUUUUUAAGGGCGGGCCUGGUUGCAGCUCGGUCAUCGGCGCUCUCUCAGAGAGCGGGCCUCUCACGUUUGUUGGAAACGCUUCGAUGCCGACUGCAAACCCUUAUUCGUGGACAAAGUUUGGGAGUGUUUUGUAUAUCGAUCAGCCGGUCGGCACUGGAUUUUCCACAUUGAACAGCUCGAAACCCAUCUCUAAAAAUGAACAAGACACGUCGGACCUUUAUGCCUGGUUAGGAGAGUUUUACCGCGAAUUUCCUCAUCUGCUGGAGAAGAAAACCCACCUAGUGGGAGAGUCAUAUGCGGGUAUUUUCGUCCCCUAUUUUGCCUCUGAGAUCGUAAAACAUCGUGAUUCACUUCCGAUUAAUCUGAAGUCGAUCUCUGUGGGGAAUGGGAUACUCGGGAACAACGCUGUUAUGGCUGAUGUCGCGGUGGGAGCGUACCUGGAAACGAAUGCACCCAUCCUUGAUAUCCUUCGGGACGUCAUACAUGCCUUUUCUUCGGCUGACCAUAUUUGCGAAUUUGAUACCGUUUUGAACGAACCAAACGAGUACCCACCACCUGGCCCGAUAAGUGUUCCGGGAAACCCAGAAAACCUGAACUUUAGACGUGACGAACUUUGCAGGACGCCAUCGGAUAGCGAUGCCGGCCCAAUGGCUGAAUACGUCCAAACCUCGCUGCAUACUCCGCAGUCUGAUACCGGCAAAUCGAGCAAGAAGCGUAACAAACCGUACCCGUUUCAAGGAUGCAAUAGCGAGAUUAUGCAAGCUCUUUUGGGUCCAGCUAACCACCCAACACCACCAGCAUAUUUCAUCAUACCGGACUUGAUAUCGACGCACAAUAUCUCUACGCAUAUCUACCAUGGCAAGUUAGACAUGCUCAUCAACCACAUAGCCGUCGAACUUGUACUACAGAACAUGACCUGGAACAGGCGUCAGGGUUUCCAGCAACGGCCGACGGCGUCUUUUGGUGUUCGCAAGGGUGGCAGUAGAGCUGGAUCCACAGCUCAGCCUGGAAAUGAUGGGACGAACAUCUCCACUGGGGGCAUAUGGACUGCAGAGCGCGGGCUGACUUAUCAUCUCUUUAAUGAUGCGGGGCAUGUUGUACCAUUUGAUCAGCCAGAGGAGAUGUUUUGUAUUGAUAAUAGGGGAUUAGGCAAAUGUUUUCCUUCCUAUUGA